AUGGCUACCACCAUUCUCAAGCUCACAGCCAUUCUCUCCCUUACUGUUUCUCUCCUCCUAUCUCUGCAUCCUCAAGCAACCUUCUCGUUCCGAAUCGAAGAUGAUGGAGAUGAUGGAGAAGAAUACUACAUGCUCGAUCAACCUCUUAUCAUCCCUAACCUCCAAUCAAAAAGCCGGUUCCUGUCACAUACAUUGAAGAAAGAUAAAAUUCGGAAAGGUACACAUUGCGAUCCCAAUUCUUAUCACAACAUAUGCAAUGGCAUCUCCGCCAACAAUGGUACCAGCCUGCUAUAUUGCUGCAAGACACAUUGUCGCAACGUUCUUCGCGAUUGGAAUAACUGUGGACAAUGUGGCAAUCGAUGCAAAUUUGGGCAGCAUUGCUGUGGUGGAGUAUGCACCAAUGUUAUGUUCAAUGAUAAUCACUGUGGCAAGUGUGACAAGCAAUGCAAAUCGGGAGUUAAGUGUGAGUUUGGAAGCUGUGGUUAUGCUUAG